AGGAAUUGGUUUCUGCAGUAAUCGAUGGCAUUGAUUCAUUAACAUGUUGCAUUGAAACAGUCUAAAGUUCUUAAUUCAAACGAGAGAUAAUUAAAGGCUGAAAGCAAAACGAUAAUUAAACAGGAUCCAUUCGUCGGCUGUGCCAUUGCACUGCAAUCAGUUCCUUCAAAAUUUUAGAAGAUGAUUGUACAUGAAUGGGCUGCUGGUUGAAAUUUCUGCUCUUGUUUUUAAGUUGUGAAAUACAAAACGUACUCAGAUAGGAAUUAAAAUAAUGUUCUCACAAAGUAUUAUUCAUCAAUAGAAAUUAUUAUUUAAAAAUAUGUCAAAUACAUGGGAUAGGAAACUUUACCGCCAGGAGCAAGAAGCAUUCGUUUCUGGUCAUGCUGGAACGACUGCCAGGGAAGUUAUAUAUGCAGUAUUUCCAAAUAUCUGUAGUAUCUUUUUGACUACUACUACAGUGGCCCUUUUAAAAAGGGUUAUGAAUAACAAUGUUAAAGUUAUUCUAGAAUUUGUAUUGAUUGUAAUCCCAUCUAUUUUAUGUUGUACUGUAUUAUCUGAGUAUGUUUUAACAGUUGGUUGUUGUAUGAUUGUGAUAUCCAUUAUUAAUGUUCUAUUAAUAGGAACGAAUACUAGCACUGUAUCAAGUAUAAGGCCUACUUAUGGGAAAAGACCUUUCAUUACAAAUUUUAGAGGAUUAACUAAUAUGAUAUCAGCAAUAUGUAUAUUAGCAGUAGAUUUUCACAUUUUCCCUCGUAAGUUUGUUAAGACUGAAUUCUUUGGAUACAGUUUAAUGGACACUGGUGUUGGGUUGUUUGUAUUUAGCAAUGCUAUUGUGGCACCAGAAGCCAAAGAUUUUACUCUUAAGCCUAGAGCAGGUUUCUUGUAUACUAUUUCGAAAAACAUAAAGCGGACAGCCAGAAGUUGCAUUCCACUUUUAAUAUUAGGCUUCGGUCGCUCUGCUGCUGUUGAAAUUCUAGGAUAUCAAAAGCAUGUAACUGAAUAUGGGAUUCAUUGGAAUUUUUUCAUAACACUUGCUUUUGUCAAAUUGUUUACAAGUACUAUAACAAGUACUAUCAGCUCAAGAUACUCAUUACUAUCAGGAAUCUGGAUUUUGGGAAUGCAUGAAUACAUUUUGAGUACUAAAGGAUUAAAAGAAUGGGUAUUCAGUGAUAGGCCAAGGAAUAAUUUUGUAUCUGCUAAUAGAGAAGGGGUGGUAUCUGUGCCUGGGUACGUUGGGCUUUAUUUAAUAGGGGUAGCAAUUGGCAGAUUAGUUCAUUCUACUUAUAAAAAUUCACGUACACAACAAUUGCAAAACAGGUAUAAAACUAUUCAUGUAAAGUUGCUUGGAUACGAAUUUGAUGCAAGUUACAAUGAAUCAAUGAUCUUGUGUAUUAAAUUGUCAUUGAUAACAGCUCAAACCUGUGCAGCCACACUAUUCUGUGAUUCAUACUUUAAAGUUUCUAGACGAUUAGCAAAUGCAGGGUAUUGCAUGUGGAUACUUACUUGGGGAGCCAUGGCACUUACAUUCUUAUUGCUUAUAGAAAUAAUUUCUGAGAUACUGAUUCAUGCAAUCACAGAUUCAGAAUCCACUGAAAAGAAAACAACGCCUAGAUCGAAUACAAAAUACCAGCAGAAGAGUGUAUCUUGUGAGAACGAAAAUGGUAUCGAAAUAUUCGAAGCUAUUAAUUAUAAUGGCCUCUUCUUCUUUCUACUAACGAAUUUAAUGACUGGCGGUGUCAACAUGUUAAUACGAACGUUGUACGUAAACCAGUUGAAAGCUCUGCAAAUACUGGUUGCAUACAUGGCAAUAAAUAUUUACUUCGUCUUAUUAUUGUAUAGAAAACAAAUACAGAUCAAAUUGUAAAAUGUAUAA